UCUGUUGCCAGAUUGCAUUCCAAUUCUCUCCAUCACUUUCCGAAUAUUCAAAACAAAAAAAGAAUCGAUCUUUUUUAUAUUUUCUGUUUUAAGUUUGUGAUCAUAUGUUUGAAAUUUGAAACUAGAGCGGUUGUAUUGGGGAGCUUUCAAUGCCGCUGAUUGAUGACGAGCUCUAACCUCGUUGCCCACAAUGCCGUUCUACUUUGCUCGUGAGGCUCCCAAGCUAUGGAGGAAAAUCUGCAAUGAGUCGUCGACUGAAGUUUCGCUUCUGGCUGGCAAUUGGAAGUUUGUUCUUGCUGGUCUCAUUUGUCAGUAUCUUCAUGGACUAGCGGCGCAUGGAGUUCACUAUCUACAUCGGCCAGGACCAACACUUCAGGAUGCUGGCUUCUUUUUACUCCCGGAACUUGGACAAGACAAAAUUUUUCUCAGUGAGACUCUGUUUGCUGCUGUAUUUUUUUCUUUUAUAUUGUGGACAUUUCACCCAUUUGUUUUUCAGAGCAAAAAAAUCUAUACAGUUCUGAUAUGGUGCAGGGUCUUUGCUUAUCUAGCUGUUUCUCAGUUUCUGCGGAUCAUCACCUUCUACUCCACUCAGCUUCCUGGUCCAAACUAUCAUUGCCGCGAGGGCUCAGAAGUUGCCAGGCUGCCCCCUCCAAAGAGUGCGCUUGAAGUUCUCUACUUUCCCCGAGCUGUUAUGUAUGGCUGUGGUGAUUUGAUUUUUUCAUCACACAUGAUUUUCACUUUAGUAUUUGUGCGUACAUUUCAGAAAUAUGGAACAAGGAGGAUGUGCAUCAAGCAGUUUGCUUGGUUAGUUGCUGUGAUUCUGAGUCUCUUGAUUAUAGCAUCUCGUAAACACUACACUGUUGAUAUUGUUGUUGCCUGGUACACUGUAAAUUUGGUGGUGUUCUUUGUGGACCAAAAAUUGCCAGAAUUGCCUGAUCGGUCCGUAGGUUCUACAUCUCCACCGCUACUACCAACGAGUACCAAGGAUAGGGAUAGCAGACUCGGAGAAGAGCUUGAAAAAUUCCGAAAUGGAAAUUCUUCUGACAUCACUACAUAAGUCUGAAAAACCAGUAAAUAUUCUCAAUCCCAUCCAGUUGUCUUGUCUUGUGGAUGCUUUUGUCCAGAUUGUAGGACAGAAACUGAAAUCUUCGGGAUAUUAAAAUACUUAGCAGUAUAUGGUAAAUAGAUGAGUAGCACAAGCUGAAGAUGGCUUGGUUGCUGUUAGUCUUAGGUAUGUACUUAAGUAGUUGCAUCUCUUUGUCAAGAGUGAGGCUGAUAAAGCUGGGAUACAAAUUAUUUGCUGGUAAUGAAUUGGAGUUGUUUUAACACCCCUUUAGGAGUCCCACUUUUUCAGUGUUGAUUGUAACAUUGUCACCCAUCUCUUAUUGGCGCAGUUCACUUUUU